AUGAAUGGCAAGGGGACCACCGAUGCCAAGAUUCUUAGUGAAGUCGACCGGAGACUUCUCAAUAUUCUUUGCCCUGCCUUUUCCAACAAGGAUUUGGUCGAACCCAGCAAGGAGGGAACAGACCAAGAGCCCGACAAGCCCAAAAGUCUCGAGGAACUCAGCGACAGUAUCGGCAAGAAAAACGAGGCAUUAUCGUUUCUGCGGUCGCUCCUUACAGCCAUACAUUCCACCAAGCUUCCCAUAAAAGAAGGGAUGGGGUUGCAUGUUCGAAGCUUCAUCGAACGUGCGCAGGAGUUCUUACCCAUCUUUACUGAGGGUAUGAGCACAGAGUAUUAUGCCGGAUCUUCAUUUUUGAGGUCUGCCGCCUUGCAGUUGUCCGUCGAGUUAAAAAUGCACUACAGGAAUGGAGCGAUCGAUCUUUGCAAUAAGAUCGAAGUCCUAAAGCACAAGAAGGUUCUGCCUCAAGAAGCGAGAGAUUACAUUGCGCCCCAAAGAUCUGCGAUAGAGAAUUUCAUACUCUUGAACAGGGCCUGCGGGAGCCGUCGCUCAUUGGUGCCAAUAUCGCCUUUCGAUGUCAAGUUUAUUACUUUGUCAGAGCUGGAUCUAACCAAGAUCUUCUGGCAGCACCCUGUCUUGAGGCCUGUGCUUCAGUCGUACGCCAACCUGGACUUUUCAACUAUCGAGUAUCCCGAGCAACUCUCGCAGACCGAUGUUGGCGAAUGGCUGUCAACAACAACACCCGGUUUUCUCAUCACGAGGCUACUCACCGAUAUUGGCCGGUACUCAGCGGAUCAACGGAAAAAGCUCAAAAACUACUCCAGAUCGACCUUCCUGAUGCCUUCGAAGGAGAUGAAGAGUCAUCUCCAGAAUAUUCGAGCCGAUGACUUUGAGCCUACUGCAUACGCCGAGAAAGGCUAUGUUCUGCGUGGAUCGAUUCGGACAGACGUGUUCCGACUCCAAGUGCUUGCUUUCAAGUUGAAUGAGCUCCACUCGGUCAAGUACAGACGACUACCCGCGGAGAAGCUGCCUUCUCGACUAACAUCCACCGUUGGCGGCACGGAUUAUUUUUUGACGGAGAUCAGGAAUGUCGUUUCGGCCAAGCAGGAUCUCACCCAGCUCUGGAGUUGCGAUCCCAAGAAUAUCAACAUCCUCGGCAUUGACUUGGGCCAAGCAUUUGUCGUUGAAGCGAAUGUGAUUCUACCCACUCGCGAGCAGCUGAAUGUCAAUCAAGGACAAGAGCCUGGCGCCACUACCAUGGAGUCGCCUCAGUCGAGUACUGAGGCAAAGGAGGAUGAACAGGCCGAGGAACCGUUGCCCAAGUUUUUCAACUUGGCCGUCAAGCAGAAGGCUGUCUACCAACCUACCCUCAAGCAUAGAUGA